AUGCCUCUAGUUCUCGAGUUCCUCACCCAAGUUCGAAACUUUGUCCGCGCCCAGGACGGCGACAAGCUCCGCGCCUGGCUCCAGGUCGAGCCCGGAAGUCCUCAGCAGUAUCACAACCUCGCCGGUGAGCUGCGCUCCCAGUUUCGCCAGCAGGGCCUCGACAAUGUCAUCGAGAGGUCUCUCCCGCAGGAUGACGACGUUCCGGAUGGUCAGGCGACCGUGUGGCCGGGCUUCAUCGCCUUCAUGAAGGAUUACAUGGCCUUUUGGCGCGACGUCGAUUAUGAUGAUUUGCUUGGUGCUCAUCAGUUGCUGAGUGGCCUCGUCAACUCAUGUGCUACGGCGUUUGCUCAUCCUACGUAUGGCGCCAUGCUUCUCAAGACCAGCAUGUCCCUCUCCGAGACCCUUGCGCGUCUCACAAUGAGCCUCAACAGGCGUCCCGAGUUGACGCGCCGUCUCCGAGCUCUAGACGAGGACAAGACAAUCGCAGAGUCUUCAGCAGAAAUUAUUCAAAAGAUAUUCACCACGUGUCUUACGGACCGUUCAAGUGGUCGCUAUGCUAAACCCGAGGGCAAAAAGACUGGCGUUUACAUGUUUGCCAACCUCGUCCUCAAGCUCCUCUUUGCAUGCCGGAGAACUCAUCUUGCCAAGAUGAUCUUUGUCAACAUCUCGACAAUCUCACCACCACUAUCCCUCUACCCAGCCGCCCAACGCGUCACAUUUCUCUAUUAUCUUGGUCGUUUCAACUUCUCCAACAACCACUACCUCCGCGCCUCCCUCUGCCUGCAAGAAGCAUAUCUCCAGACACCUCCCCAGCUUGUUUCUCACCGGACAAACAUCCUAACAUAUCUAAUUCCCUGCAACAUCCUCCUUGGGCGGUUCCCCUCGCAGACACUGCUCCAGCGCCAAGAGUGCCAGACUCUGGCCCCCGUCUUCCUCCCUCUCUGUCAGGCCAUCCGGUCUGGAAACUUUGUUCACUUUCAGCACCACCUGGCUGCGCACGAGACCUGGCUCUUUGAAAAGGGCCUGCUCUUGACCCUCAGCAAUCGUCUCCGACCUCUCCUCUGGCGGUCUCUGAGUCGAAAGACCUUUAUCCUAACCUACGUACCCCCAACCGACGCAUCUUCCCGCAAAGCUGCCACUCUUGACCUUGCGGACCUGCACACUGUCGCCGUGUAUCUCCAACGCCGUCUCGAAGGCUGGCUCCCAUCAGGUCCCAACACUCUCGGCCGUCCUCAACAUGUAAACCCCCUCCUCAUGAAGGCUCUAUCAAACAACGCCCAAAGCACCGAAGCCUCAACACUAGCCCCGCCACCAGGCGGUCCCAAGUCGCUGCGGCCAAACGAAGGCAUGGUCUGGGGCAACGCAGACGUCACACCCGAGGACGUGGAGAUGAUGGUGGCCACCCUUGUCCAGCAGGGCCUCAUGCACGGAUUCAUCGCCCACGGGCAGGGCCGCUUCGCUAUCAUCGGAGCAAAGGCAAAGGGGAGCCCUGUGCUUGCCGGAUGGCCCAACGUGUGGCAGGCGAUCCAGGAUAGGAGGUACGAGGAGGACUUUGACCCUGAGGAGGUACCCGGAUGGGUUAAAGAGUGA